GAUGCCUGGCCAAAGUAAACCCGUAAAUUGCAAAAACACUUUUAAUUACAUGAAAAAUAGGCUUUGAGUGUGGGCCGGUCGGUUACGAGGGAACAAGGGCCAUUUUGCCAAGAUGCAGACCUUAAGGAAGAAAACUAGCCCGCUAAAAUUUAAAAACGAAACGACGAGAUUCAUGGGUGACGGGGUGAGUUUCAAAGCGAAACUCAUCGGAAUCUUGGAGGUGUCCGAGGCACGUGGAGAUCGGAUGUGCCAGGAGGCCCUGUGCGACCUUAAAAUGGCCAUAAGGGCUGCUGGGGAGCACAAGCAAAGAAUCACAGUCAAUAUCGCCCUGGAUGGGUUGAGGUUACGAGAUGAGAAAACUGGGGAUUGUCUCUAUCACCAUCCGGUGCAUAAAAUCUCUUUUAUCGCCCAAGAUAUGACGGACUCGAGGGCUUUCGGGUAUAUUUUCGGGUCUCCCGACACUGGUCAUAGGUUCUUUGGCAUUAAAACUGAUAAGGCUGCUAGUCAGGUGGUCAUAGCCAUGAGGGAUCUUUUUCAAGUGGUGUUCGCCUUAAAAAAGAAAGAGAUCGAACUUGCGAAGCAACACUUGGAAAAAAACUAUUUGCCCACCUCGCCCCUUUUUUCGGAGAAUCCCCACGCGAGCUCCAAGGUAAGAAGAAAGAAAACUUGGCCCUCGGAAAAGACCAAAAUAGAAUCCAAAGGUGCGACCAGCACUUUGGAUAGUAAAAAUAGCGGUACGGCAGUGGCGGAUUUGGUCGAUCUCGAGCUAGAACUGAACAGUUUGCAACAGGGAUUGAACCAAAUGGAAAGGAUCACCCCUUCGGACCCUUUUGGGUCCAAGGACGACCCUUUUGGCGAUAGCUUUAUCAGUUAUCCCACUAGCAAGCUGAUUCUGCCUCCGCCUCCCUCCUCGGGUCGAGAUCGCACCAAUCGGAUCUCGGAAAGUUCCAAUAAAACCCCACCGAAUACGGCGGCCAGUGUGGAUAGCGCUUCCGAUUCACUGUUUAGCGCCAAAACGAACCAAGAGUUCUCGUUUUCUAGGGAUUUUCAGGGCUCCCACGAGGAACCCAGUAGCGGAGACUGGUUCAAUGCCUCGUUCGGUAACAGCAUUUUUGAGGAACCGUCUGCUAUAAUCCCCACCACUGAGCCUACGAAAGACGAAAAACACGAGGCGACCAAACAGGAAAUUAUGUCCCAGUUCGAUGUGUUUACCGAGCUGGAUCCUUUAGGUACCGGUAGAAGUAAGCCAUAUAUUGAUAAGAAACAUUUCUUUAAAGAGUUGAAAAACCCCCCUAAAAAAGCGCUCAACGAGCUGGCGACCGCACCGACUACAUCAGAUACAGUCCUAAAACCGCAAAUUUACACGAACACAAGCGUAUUUUCCUCGGAUCCCUUCGGGGAGGACCCAUUUGUCAAAGACGACCCGUUCGCAGGCUCGGAUUUCACAAAACAAGACCCCUUCGAAACGGAGUUCGCCCUCAAAGAACUCAGUUUACUCUCAAAGUCUCCGAAACAAGUGAAUUUCGAACAAAAACUCUCCUCUGAAUCGGAGGGGGCUCCGGAACCACCUCCGAGACCUGCUGCGGUCAUCCUGGAGCCCCCUCCUUUGCCCCCUAAGAAACAAGGGGACAUCGUGCUAAAACCUCCCCCUCGGCCUCCUCACUCCGAAGAAUCCGAAUACCUUGAGAGCGUCAAGGAGCAAUUUAACGGUCCGCCGCUGCCGCUUCCUCAAAGAAAAUUGAAGUUCGACGACUCGUUGCCUCCGGAACGGCCGAGGAAGCAGCAAAACUCCAGCGACGAGGACUAUUUGACUCCCAUCUCUUUCCCACCCGAGGGGGGCACCUUGUUACCUCCACCACCUCACAGAAGUAAAAAGGUGGAGGUGACUGUGGCGUCUCUGUUGGAGUCGAAACCGGUCGUAACGAACACUGUGGCGGGCGAGAGCUCCUUGGACGGUCUUGAUAUGACUCUGAGUCAACUCACCUUGAGCGGCUUGAACGAGUUAGCGACCAAACUGAAAAUCCCACCGCAUAAACUGAGCAAUAUGACUCUGGUGCAAUUGACGAGCUACUUGUCGAGUUUCAUUAAGACCCAGAGCCAGCUGGAGCAGCAGAGCGACGGGUUCCAAGCAGAUUUCGCCGCCAAUUUCAAUAAUAAUAAUAAUAACAAUGCGGUGACAAGUGAGAGCUCUUAUGACCGUUACGCCGUCUUCAGGGAGUUACAGGAGGAGAUCAAACAAACGAAAAUCGACACCGAACCGGAGGAAAUCAAGGAGGAGAAGGAGGAACUCCAGAAUGCGCCCGCGGAUGAUAAAUACGCGGCCCUCCGGGAUAUUGUUGAAAUUGAAAUUCGGCAACAGAGCGUGAACGAGCGAGACGCGAAAAGUGAGGAGGUCAAGAUUAAUUUAUUAAAUAAAGAGAACGGGUCGAUUAUUGAGUAUAAAACGCCGGAAAAGUCGCCCGCGAGGUCGCCGGUGAUGAAGAGUCCCGUUCCCAGUGCCAUCACUGAGCUGAUCCAGAGCAACGCGCGACUAAAUUCCGGAUCGCUAUCGGAUGUGUUGAGCGGCAGCUCCCCGGAAGUGGAUAAUACCGGAAGCAAUUCGGAUAUACCCAAGAAAAAUCUGGAUCCCACGGGUGAGUCUUGGGCCAUUUUCGACCAACCAAGUGUACCCUCCGAGGCCAAAGACAACCUAAUGACCGCCCAAAGUGAGGAGGGAGUCUCUCCUUGGUCGAGCGACUCCAAAGAGUUCGGCAACCGUUCGCCGAUCGACUGGAAAACCGAACAAAAACCCACGGAGAGGCGCAAAAAACAAACCAACCGGGCACUAAAUCAGGAGGACUGGUGGGACACCUCGGCCGAUCCGGAGGGUUCUUACUAUCCGGCCAAUCGACGCUCGACCGACUCGUACGAGGAGGAGUACUACGAGUGCUACGAGCGUCCGCGCAGACGUAAACAACUUCCGCAGCCGUCUUCGCAGCAGCAGCAACAACAGCCGCAAGCCACGUGGCAACAGCAGGGCGGUCAUUCGUCCAGUUCGCGUGACGUCAGUCCGUGGGAGGAGGAGCCGCGUCGACGCGGUUGGGGUCGUCGCGGUCACUCGUUCGAUCGACGAGAUCGACCGACGACGGCCGACAGCUGGGACGACGACGAAGACGAUUACGAGUACGACGAGGAGCAUCGCUCCCGAGGUGCCUAUUUCCAGCGGCACGGUUCAAAGGACCUUAACGACAAGGGUGACAGAUGGGGGGGUGGAGAUGAGAGGCGGUACCGGGGGCGACGUAGGGAGGGUUCGCGGGAACCUAAAGAGUCCAAGGACGGCAGAUGGUGCUGUCCCGACUCGUGGGAGCAAGCAGGAGAGCACGAUAAGACUGUACGGUACUCGAGACAGAGAUCCAACCGGGAUCAACAUCAUCGGUACAGCAACAGGGGCAGCAGGGAGUCCCAGGACUCGCCUUGGGAGGACGAGUACAACGAGCGGAAAGUCUCGGAUUUUCCGCUCGAUUACGAUGCGGAGGCUGAGGCGCCGCAUUAUUUAAGUAAAAAAAAUUGGAAACAGCGUCCGAGUAGCGCGUCGGAAACCGACCGGAAAACCGGGGAAAUCAAAUCGUCCAGGCACUAUUUGGGUACCGGUGGCAGUGACGGCGAAAGGGACCGAAGAUACACGAAAGGAGCGCGCAGGUCCCGAAGCCGAGACUCGCAGUACAGCGAACCCUACCGGCACAAACCGGAACCCGCCCUAGUUGCAACGCGCUCCACCCGUUCCAAGUCGCGUAAAUCGAUGGAACCCGAUGGUUACGUGGAGAUGCCCUCCUCCUCCUCCUCGAAAAAGUCUCCUUUAGCCGGCGCUGACGUGGAGAAAAAACCGCCGAGCGUCGGCAGGAAAAAGGGCUUGAAAGACAAGGAGGGCGAGCAGCCUCCCAGGAAAGGAGGAGGGAACGUCCUCAGGACCAAAUCGUUGUUCGACAACGAUUUCGUCCCGUCGGACGAGAGUCCUAUAAUCCGCGAGGUCGGAAGUAAGUUUAAUUUCGAAAAACCGGAAACGGAACCCGUGCAAAUCGUCAAUAGGUCUUUGAAAGGUUUACGUCAGCAAAGUUUGUUCGAUAAAUCGCAGCUGCGACUAGAGAAAUCCUUCAAGGAGCGUCGCGGCGAGUCGUUUCAGGAGCCGAGACUGUCGCCGCACUACCAGGGGAAACCGCGGAGCCCCUUCGAGGACGAUUUCUCCCCGAAAAGCGACAAGAGCGACCUCCCGCCGCCGCCUCUUUCUGAACCCAACAACGGUGGCGCCAUCUCGAGCAUCAAAGAGGAGCCGGAUCUGCACGAAGAGGAAGAGGAUGAAGACGAUGACGAAGAGGAGGAGGAGGAGGACGACUCGUUCACCAACUUGAAAGCGCCCCCCAACGGAGGGAGAGCGAUCCGUUCGACGACGAUUUUUUUAUUAGCGCCCAGGAGGGCGGGAGGCAACAGGAGUUGAGGUGGACCGAGGAGUUCGAGGAUUCGGACGGAGGUAGGAAAUAAUUUCUGCUUUUUUUCCAGUUUACGACUAAAUCUGUCCGAUCCCCCGUAAAACCGCAUCAAAGUAGGUUAUGAUAUGAUAAUGAUGAGUUGGCCUUCACUUUGACAGGCCGUAAACGUCAAAAUGUGACGUCGACUGUCCUCGAUGGGUCAAUUCGCACCUUUAAGCAAUGCUUUCGUGAUUGUAAACAUGCCAGUGAAACAAAAUGGCUUCUCUCUAUCUCUCCCGUAUUGCCAUUAAUUUUAGUUAAUUUAUUGUUAUUCGUGUAAACUGAACGCAUCUAGGUACUUAUUGUAGGAUAAUUUAUAUAAAUACGAAUUAAAUUUAUAUAUGAUAUAUAUAUAUAUUAU